UAUAUAUAUAUAAAACUGCGAAUUUGAAUUCACAGCAAAGUGGCCGGACGGUUAACUUGGCUCGCUAACCAACACUCGAAGCGCAUUGUUCAGCACUAGAGCUCGCAGUUAAAGUGUCCGACGCACUUUGCCAACACUUUUUUUAUUUGUUUUGUGUUAAAUUUGUUUUAAAUAUGUCUACUCGUUUAUCAUUUGGCGACGAUGACCAAAACAAUAUGCCCCGCAUUAUGACCUUUCGCCCCAGCUAUGAGGAGUUCACCAACUUUGCCGGCUACAUAGAGUACAUGGAAUCACGUGGAGCACAUAAGGCUGGCUUGGUUAAAAUCAUUCCACCCAAGGAAUGGAAACCGCGGCGUUCAGGUUAUGAUAUUGAAAAUAUAAAUAUGACAAUACCGGCACCGAUUUGUCAGGUCGUAACCGGCGCCCAUGGCGUUUAUCAGCAAAUCAACAUACAACAACGCCGCCAAAUGACGCUGCGUCAGUUCAUGGAGAAGGCCAACUCGGAGCUGCAUCAGACGCCGCGUCACUUCGACUAUGACGAUCUGGAGCGCAAAUACUGGAAGAACAUAACGUACAUAUCGCCGCUAUAUGCGGCCGAUGUUAAGGGCACGUUGAGCGACGAGGACCUGAACGUGUGGAAUAUCGGACGACUUGAUACUAUACUGAAUCUGGUCAAUACAGAUUAUGGCAUCGAAAUAGAUGGCGUGAAUACGGCGUAUUUGUAUUUCGGCAUGUGGAAGAGCUCGUUUGCCUGGCACACCGAAGACAUGGAUUUGUAUUCGAUUAAUUAUUUGCACUUCGGUGCCCCAAAGACUUGGUAUGCCAUACCGCCCAUCUAUGGCCGACGCUUGGAGAAGCUGGCCAACGAGACCUUUGUGGAGAACUAUCAGGAGUGCAAUGCCUAUUUGCGUCACAAGAUGACCAUGAUCAGUCCGAAGGUAUUGCGUCAGCAUAAUAUACCAUACAAUAAGAUCACACAGGAGGCGGGCGAAAUAAUGAUCACAUUUCCGUUUGGCUAUCAUGCCGGAUUUAAUCAUGGCUUCAACGGUGCCGAAUCCACAAAUUUUGCCUCCACGCGCUGGAUUGAGUAUGGAAAGCGAGCGAGCAUUUGCAAGUGUCGCAGUGAUAUGGUUAAAAUCUCGAUGGAAACAUUUGUGCGACACUUUCAGCCGGAGCGCUACGAGAACUGGCUGAAGGGUGAGGACUACGGUUGCCAUCCCGAGGAGCCGGGCAAAAUAUGCGCAGCCGCACCGCCCACCAUCAACGAAUAUCAAAUCACACAGGAAAGCUCGCAAGCGGCCAAAUCAAAAGCGACGAAUCCACAGAAACGUGGCUGCUCCCUGGCCGAUGUAAAUAAUGCCCAUUCGGAUGCGGACGAUGACAAGACGAGCGUGAGCAGCCGCAGCAGCGUCAAUCUAAAGCAAGCUGUGGUCAAGCUACGCAAGUUGCCAACAGUUGUGCCUCCCGCUGAGUCAGCUCCAGUGGAAGCAGCCCCUGAACCGGACACCAAAAAGAAAUAUGACUUUAACUCGAUUGCAGUGGUGCGCGUUAAGCGGAUGUGGAAUGCUCUGCCCUGCACAGAGCCAGGCACGAAUUUACUCACCAAUGGCGUUGUGAAGAACACUAAACGGAUGCGCUUUCAGACGAAGGUUCUAACGCUCGAAGACGAGGAUUAGCUGCUGCUGCCGCUACUUUCUGUAAACGAUUUGACGAUCUCUGUUGUUGGUAGUUUUAUAAGACCGCGCAAUCAAAGAAAUACAUAUACAUAUAUAUAUAUAUUAAUGCUAUUCACAUAGAUAUACUAUAUAUAUAUAUAUAUAUAUAAAUAAGUACCUAAAUAACAAAGGGGCACAGCAAAAUGUGCUCAGCUGCACUAGUUAAAUUUACGUUUAUAUAUAAAUUAGUAGCUUUGCAAAACGACUUGAAAGCUGCCCACCCAAAAAAAAAAAAGGCAAAGACAAAAAUGUACUUUCCGAAUAUAUGUUUACGAAGAGCAAAGUCUGCAAUAGUCCAUAUACAUGUAUAACUUGAUGGGCUUCUAAGUUUUAUUCUUUGGAUGUCCUGCUCUAGGCUAGUUUGAUUUAUAAUUUGUAUUUGAUUUGCCCCGUUUUAGCACUGGCUUCCCCUUGAAAAUCAAUAAAUUUAUAUUGUUUGUCGAGUA